CGAGGCAGCGGCGCCCAUGUAUAAACCCCAUCCUUUUCUCGUGUCGCUGCCCCCUCCCCCUUCUCCGAUCCCGUUCCGUUCGGGUCCAUUCCCUUUCUAACUAAACCCCAAAGCUGUCUCUCAAGUCUCAGCGAUUUCAAAGCGACAAAGCGUGAAGAAGCUCUGUUCGCGUCGUCGCCUCCGCGUCCGCCACCCACUCAACAACGCGGCGGCGAAUCGCGGCCGGUUCGCCGCCGCCGCCGACCGCCGCCUCCGUUCCCUCUCCAGCGGCCCCCGCUCCAGAAGCAAUGGCACUGGACCUCGCCGUCGGGGGCUCGGCGGCUCGCAGGGCCGAGACCCAAACCCUAGCGCCCGUGCUGCUCAUGGGCCCGCCGCCUCCACCGCCGAUCCCACCGACGACGGGGGUGUACCUCCCGGGGCCCCCGCCCCCGGGGGCGCUCCUGUCGCGCCCGAUCCCCAUGGCGCUCCCGCGCGAGGUCAUCGUCUACAUGGACGAGUGUCGGAGCCGCUCCCUCCUCAAGUUCAUUUCCGACGCGGGGAUUGUGCCUUCGCUAGAGGACGAACGGAGGAGGGAGCGGGUAGUACGCGAGCUCGGCAAGAUAGUGAUGGAGUGGGCAAAGAGGGUGGCCUACGAGCAGGGCAAACAGCACUGGAUCACAUCAGCCACGGUGUUGACCUUUGGCUCCUAUGCCUUAGGGGCAUAUGGACCUGAAUCUGAUAUUGAUGUCCUCUGUAUUGGUCCUUAUAUUGCAACACUGCAACACCAUUUUUUUGUUGUCCUGCGACAAAUGCUUGAAGGGAGGCCAGAAGUAUCAGAAUUGCAGUCAAUUGAAGGAGCUAAGGUUCCAUUGAUGCGUUUUAAAUUCAAUGGGAUUUUAGUUGACUUUCCUUAUGUUCAACUCCCAUUUAUCAAUGCUGCAGAGGCUAUGCAUGCAUUUGAUCCCCAUGUGCUAGAGAAUGUGGAUGGGCCAAGCUGGAGAUGUCUAUCUGGAGUUCGUGCUAAUAGACAAAUCAUUCAAUUAGUUCCUAAUAUGAAGAAAUUUCAAUAUCUGUUGCGGUGCCUCAAACUAUGGGCGAGAAAAAGAGGACUUCAUUGCCAUCUACUUGGCUUCUUUGCUGGAAUCCAUUUGGCGAUUCUUGCUGCAUAUGUUUGCCGCAGACAUCCGAAUGCUAGUAUAAAUACUUUGUUGUCUUUGUUCUUCGAUAUUUUUGCUCACUGGCCUUGGCCUCUUCCAGUGAGUUUGCUGGAUCCGCCAGUUCUUUGUCGGGGUCCUGAUGGGUGCUCUCUCAUGCCCAUAAUGUUGCCCUGCAAUCCACCAGAAUUUUGCUCCUCUAGUACAACAGAAAGUACUUUCAGCAAAAUCAAAGAAGAGCUUCGGCGUGGUUAUGCUUUGACAAAGGAUACCAGAAGUACUGAUUUUGACUGGAGUUGGCUCUUUGCAUCUUUUCCGUAUGGUGCAAGAUACAAAUGCUUUCUCCGCAUAGUUCUCUCUGCUCCAUUGGACGAAGAAUUGCGUGACUGGGUUGGAUGGGUGAAAUCACGAUUCCGCAACCUUCUUCUUAAGCUGGAGAGUCUUGGCGUUUACUGUGACCCAGAUUCCUCGGAACAAGUUGAUCACACCAUCACUGAGCCAAAUGUUGUAUUCUUCUGGGGUCUCGUCUUCACAAGGAAUAUUCAAAUCUGUACAAGUUCUCUCAAAGAAGAUUUCAUGAAAAGCGUCUGCAAUAACAUCUAUGGAAAGGAAAAAUGUGCCCAUUCAGACAUCACAAUGGCCAUUGUUGGGCCUCCCCAGCUGCCUAAGAGUAUCUUUGAUCUCUCAGUUUACUCAGAAAAGCUGCCACAACAUAUGAUGGGGCACCAACUAAUGAAGCAGAGGUACAAUGCAGUGAGUUAGGCUCUGCUAUCAUAUUGCUCGUGAGCUUGGCUUGUGAAUAUGACAACAGUAAGAAGCUGCUGUUGUUUGUGACAUCAGAUACAGGAUUUUUUUUCUGUUCAUGCCUCUGGCACAAGGAAUAUGGGAGUUUUUGUUUUUUGAGAAGCUGGAUGUCAAUAGCUGGAUCUUUCUUCAAGCAUCCAGCAAAAUAGGGUCAUUCGGGCGACUUAUUCCUGUUGUGAGGUUUGUGCAGGUACAUGCAUAUUCAUGUACACAGCAUAGCAAUUGGUAUACAAGUCAGAGGGAGGUAACAUAUAGCUGUAUGUAAACUGUAGGUGUAAUGUUUGUACCCAGCGGCAAAAAAUGUGUAAAUUGCUCCUGUUAGUGCUGCUGCUGGGCACAGAUACUGAGGUCUAUGUGGAGGAGGUUGUGAAUGGUAACUAUAGAAUCCAGGCCAGUAUGAAAGUGUUUUGGAUCGAUGCGAUCAAAUUUUGCUUUUGUAGGCCAGCAAAAACUUUUGUGUGUCCAAUCUAAGGAUUUUUAUGGUAACUGGUAAUGAGUAAUGACCAUGACUUUGAGGAAGAGGAAAUGUUUUCUCAUGCGAAGCUUUGAUGUAA